AUGUUUUGGGAAUGUCAUGUAGUAAUAUCAUCAAUUGAUAAAUUACUUGAUCAACCAUCGAAUAGUGUUAGUUUACAAGAUUUUCUUGACGAAAAUGAUUUAAUUCAAGAAUGUCUUACGCAAAAUGAUCGUCUUCUUGACUAUCUCGUACAAGAGAAUAUCAUGAAGCAAUUAAUUGGUUGUAUAAAACUAUGUCCAACGGAUAAUAAUUUUCAUAAUGCACAAGUUGUUAGUGAAUUAUUAUCUGGUGAUUUUCAACGUAUACAAGAAAAAUUACUUGAAAAAGAAAAUUUGGAUUUAUUAUAUUCAUUUUUACUUUCUCAUGAACCCAAUGAUAGAUCAACAUUGAAUCCAAUUCUAGCAUCGUACUUUUCACGAAUAAUUAUGACAUUAGUUAUACGACGCCCACAAGAAUUAAUUACGUAUUUAAAAUCUCGUGAAACAUUUAAAAAUGAUUUUUUUCGUCAUCUUGAUUCAACAUCAAUUACAGAUGUUUUAUAUCGAUUAAUUGCUGAUUGUGGUGAGCAACGUUCACAAGCCAUUAAAUGGUAUGAAGAUAUUAAUUUAAUUGAUGGUCUUAUUGAACAAUUAUUAACUACUGAAUCAGCGUAUAUUCAAAUGAAUAUUGUUAAUUUACUUGGUGAAUUUAUACGUUUAGCUUUCGAUCAACAUAAUGGAAGUGAGAGCGAUUUUCAACAACGAAAUACUAAUACAACGCUAUUAUCAUCUGCAAAUGAAUGUCUUCCAGAUAAUGCAAAGGAAUAUGAUGAAGAAUCAACAGCGCUCAAUCGAUUUUCUUCGAAUAAUGAUGACGUUGAUGAUAACACAACGAGUAAUCGAGUUGACGGGAAUAUAUCGCCUUUGAUACUUGCUCAACAUAUUUUAUCGAAAUCAAAUUUAGAAAAAUUAUUCGAUGCCCUCAGUAAUCAGCCAGGACUUGUGGCACAUGGUUGUGACUUUAUCGUCAAUAUUUUUGAUCUACUCGGGCGAUAUAUGGCUCCACCACUAUGCAUUCCGAUAACAUCAUUUGUACAAGAGAAAUCAAUAUCAAAACAUCAAUUCUUAUCCGAUAAAGACGAUAAUGAACGAAUGCAGAUUGACGACGAAGGAGAUGUAUUACCAGUGAUUAAAUCUAAUGAGAAAUCGUCAGAUGAAAUGAACAGAAAUACAUUAAAAACUCUUUCAGUAAAUAUCAAAGACCCUCGUAUUCAAAUUUAUUUAACAUUACUCGAAGUAAUUCCUUCUCGAUUGUCAUCAUUAAUUGCAUUACUUUCAACUCCAUCGGCACCAUUAAUACCAUCAUCACCAUCACAUGAUAGUUCACAAACAGUAAAAUAUCAAUUUAUUAGUGAACCUCUUGGAGCAAUGCGUUUAAAUUUAAUUAAAUUUUUUUCAAAGUUAAUUCAUACAAUAUCAAAUGAUUGUACCGGUGAUUAUAUUUAUCAGAUAUUAAAUUCUAAUCGUCUAUUAUAUAUAUUAAUCGAUCUUUUCUACCAUCAUAUUUAUAAUAAUUUUCUUCAUACACAAGUUUAUAUGAUUAUUCGUUUAAUUUUGCAUAUUAAUUCAUUGGCUGUUAAACAACCAAAUGAUAUCUGGACACGUAUACCUCUUAAUGAACAAAUAAAACCAUCUGACUCAGAGUUUGCCAAUUCUUCAUCGGUUCAUUAUUCAAAUCGUUGUUCAUAUAAAUUAUUUCAAUCGUUGUUAUCUGGCUCUGAAGUUAAUCUAAUCGAACGUUUACUUGAUCAAUAUGAAUUAAAUGUUGCAUCUAGUAAAUCAGUUUUAACAAGUUCAUCGUCUGAUGAUGCUAUAACAUCGUCUUUACUUCAUACACGUUUUACAUCACCUAAUUCAGGUCAUGUUAUUCAAAUGCUUCGUUGUCUACGUGAACAUGCACCAACAUUCAAUAAUUAUUCAGUAUAUUUAAAAAAUAAUGAUCAAGAACAAUUCGAUGAAAAUACAAAUCUACUUGAAAUACGAUGGGAAACAGGACUUGAUUAUCUCAAUGAAGAUGAAAAGAAAUGUUUGGCUAUGCACCAUCAAGAACAAAAUAGUUCCAAUAGUUUUCGUUUAAGUUCUGCUACGCACGUGAUAGGACAUAAUAAUGAUAGCAGUGAAGCAAUUCAUCGACGACAAACAUUUCAUAUGAGAUCAUUUGGUAGUAGCGGACCAGCUUAUAUUGAUGAUGAUGAUGAUGAUGAUGAUGAAGUCGAACGAUUUGAUAUUGAUGAUGAAUUGAUGAAUAAUGAACAAACAGCAAGUGAACGACGACUGGCUGAAAUGAAAAAAAUAUCCUUCGAACCACAAUUUCCACCUGUUUUCGAUGAACAAUCGCUUUGGCAUCAAUCAGAUGAUGCAGAUAUGGUGAAAAAGCAUCAUCAUAAUGAAGAUAAAAUAAACUCGACAUCAGCUCCUCCAUUGCCUGACCUAUUUGAAAAUUAUCGAAAACAACAAGACAAACCAGCAUCAUCAACAGAAUCCAGUUUCGAACAGCUUUGUUCUUUGCGAGCUAAUGAUCAUGGUAGUGGUCCUGUUAUUUUUCCAUUUCAAUCAUCAUCGUCGUCAUCAACAAUUCAUGAUGAGGUACGAGAAGGACAAGAUGAAUUUUGA